GGCGGAGGCGCCGCGUAGGCCGGGGAGGCCGGGCCGGCCCGGCUGGGAGCUCGAGCCCCAUGAGCCGCCGCCUCCCCCGACGAUGUUCCCCUCCCGGAGGAAAACGGCACAGCUGCCCUGGGAGGACGGCAGCAAGCCCUCUGCUGUAUGAUUUGUGCUAGAGCCACAGCUGUGAAUCUGAUGACCUGUGAAGAAGACAAGCACGGACACAGGUCCAGGCUGAUCCCCAGCGGCCUCCCCCGGAAAUGCUCCGUCUUCCACCUCUUUGUUGCCUGUCUCUUACUGGGCUUCCUCUCCCUGCUCUGGCUGCAGCUCAGCUGCUCUGGGGACGUGGCCCGGGCAGCCAGGGGACAAGGACAGGAGACCCCGGGCCCAUCCCGGGCCUGCCCACCAGAGCCACCCCCUGAGCACUGGGAAGAAGAUGAAUCAUGGGGUCCCCACCGCCUGGCAGUGCUGGUGCCCUUUCGAGAACGCUUCGAGGAGCUACUGGUCUUUGUGCCCCACAUGCACCGCUUCCUGAGCAGGAAGAAGAUCCAGCACCACAUCUAUGUGCUCAACCAGGUGGAUCAUUUCAGGUUCAACCGGGCAGCACUCAUCAACGCGGGCUUUCUGGAGAGCAGCAACAGCACAGACUACAUCGCCAUGCACGACGUGGACCUGCUCCCUCUCAAUGAGGAGCUGGACUAUGGCUUCCCAGAGACCGGGCCCUUCCACGUGGCCUCCCCGGAGCUCCACCCACUCUACCACUACAAGACCUACGUCGGUGGCAUCCUGCUGCUUUCCAAGCAGCACUACCAGCUGUGCAACGGGAUGUCCAACCGCUUCUGGGGCUGGGGCCGUGAGGACGACGAGUUCUACCGGCGCAUCAAAGGAGCCGGGCUCCAGCUUUUCCGCCCCUCGGGAAUCACAACUGGGUACAAGACAUUUCGCCACCUGCAUGACCCAGCCUGGAGGAAGAGGGACCAGAAGCGCAUCGCGGCUCAAAAACAGGAGCAGUUCAGGGUGGACCGGGAGGGAGGCCUGAGCACCGUGAAGUACCGCGUGGAUUCCCGUACAGCCCUGUCUGUGGGCGGGGCCCCCUGCACUGUUCUCAACAUCAUGUUGGACUGUGACAAGGCUGCCACCCCCUGGUGCACAUUCAGCUGAGUUGGCUGGACAGCAAGGAAGCCUGUGCCUACAGGUCAUACUGCUACUCAAGCCCAGGACAAAGCCUCAGGCCCUGGGCCCAGCUCCAAUAGGACGUGGAGUGGCCUGAAGCAGUGGACAGCAAGCCACGUGUUUGCAGCAGCCUGGCCCCCAGAGGCAGGCUUGAGCCAGGAGAGGACACACGCAGGGUGCCUGGGACGCUGCCAGCAGUAAACAGUGAUGGAGAGAGGCUGGGACAUGGUUUCCAACUGAGACUCUCCACUCUGCCUUCCUGCUUGCCCUGCCCUACCUUCCUUUGUGUGCUGAGAUCUGCAAGAUCUUGUUCCUUCUCCUGGACUGCCAGGCCACUGAUGUGGGUGGCAAGGGCCAUCAGGAGGGUUAAAACUGCAGAGACCAGUGUGCAAGCCCCACAGAAAGGGAGCAGCUGAGACCAGCUCUAGCUGGUUGUCACCCUGAAGGAGUGUGGGCCUGGUGUUGCCAGAUCUUCUGAUUUUUCAAAAGAAAGUAGAAUUCUGGA